UAUUUGUCUCUGAUUGUUUUGGUUUCGGCCAAAAUGGUGGUAAGUCAGGUCGUUAGGGGAGGCUUGUGUCCAUCCGACAUCCAAACUGUCCAAGAUUUCGAUGCAGAAGCGUAUUUGGGAAGAUGGUAUGAGUACUCCAAGUAUCCUUUCAUUUUUGAGGCUGGCGGUAGGUGUGUACAGGCGGAAUAUGGUGCUUUAACUAACAAUAGCGUUACAGUGCAGAACACCCAAAUAUCAAUUCUCAAUUUAAGAUCUUCUAUUGACGGCGUUGCCCGAAUUGUUGGACCAGGCAAACUUU